UGCAUCUAGGGAAGCUUUUUAGCAGGUGGGAGAUUUGUGUGAAUAUUUGAAUUUCUUUUGUAAACAUAUGUCUUCCGUCACUCUCUGGAGAAGAACAAGAAUUAAACCUCCCAAUAUUGACAAUUUAGUUUGCAUUCUUUCAAAGAAGAAGAAAAAUGGUAAUGGAUAUGAAUGGCAGCUUUUCGGAUGAUUGAUUGAAAUGAUAGCCAAUAAUCCUGGCGGCUGCCCAUUCAUAUUUUUGUCGCAGCCAAAAAUGAUGUAAAAAAGUUCAGUUUGGCAUAUUUGAGGUAAAAUGUUAUUUAUUGUAACUUGACAUACGAUGGAAUAAACCACAUUAAGAGAAAUAAUGUAACUGGGAACAUAAACUGUGAUAAAUGAUCCGUCCAAAAUGGCUGAAGACAAUGAGUAUGUUAUGCAGCUGCGGGAGGUAUUUGACAGUUGCGACCAUUCCAAUACUGGCUAUCUAAACAAAGCUGAGCUGAAGGAGCUGUGCAUUAAGUUACAGCUUGAGGACCAGAGUGAUGCAGUGAUCAGACAAUUGUUAGGCAGUGAUGAGGAAGGCAGGGUUGGGUUUGACGAGUUUAAGGAAGCUUUUGUGUCAGUGUUGUCAAGUGCUGUUGAUGCUCUUGAUGAUGCCUCCUCCACUGAGGAUGAAACCAGUCAAAGAGAAGAUCCAGGAGAAACAGUGUCCCCAAAGUAUGUUAAAGGCAGCAAGAAAUAUGGCAGAAGAUCGAAACCUGAGUUUGACACAGACUAUUCUGAUACAGAUGUUAGUUAUCAAUCUCCUAGAAACACACCCAGAGUACGACUUGGCAAUAGGGAAAGACUGUCUUCCAUUGAUUCAGUUGAGAGCAUAGGGAACUCGCCAACUGACAGCAAGUUUAAUAAAACAGAUGACAACGUUCUAAGCAGACCUGGCAGUAAAGCUGAAAUGUUUGAAGCUGAAGGCCAGAUGGACCAGUCUAUGAGUGCCCUAGACCCUGUGAGUGAGGAGCAGCACCUGAAGGCAAUAUGGAGAGAGCUUGGCGUGGGUCAGAUGGGGUCACUCAGCAUACAUGAACUCUCCACUGUCUGUGAGCAUAUUGGUAUGGAGGAAAUGACUGAUGAGGAACUCAGUCAGCUUUUUGAAAGACUAGAUGUAGACCAAGACGGCCAAGUCAGCUUUGAUGAAUUCCUCAGGGGUCUGUUCCAGCAUGGUGGCUCAAACCUUCCAUCCACCCCAAUCCGUCCAAUAAGCUCCCAGAAACAGAAGCUCAAACUACAGAUGUCCAUGUCUAUGAAUAUUGAUGAAUCUUUGCGUGGACAGACGCCGUCCAUAGUUGCAGUUGGGAGUGGUUCUGGGGUGUUCUCUUCAUUAGAUGUGGGAAAUACAGGCUACGCCAAACCAGAGGAAAUUACAGAGUUCUGGGACAGUCUUGGAAUAAAGAAUACCACAGAUAUCUUGCAGCAUUUAGAAUUUGAUACUCAUUCCAAGAUCCACCUAGCAGAGCUGUCGUAUGCUUUGGAGCAGGAGAUUAUUGGUAUGGAGGAGGACAACGCUGUCUACCAGGCGGCUGUGGCAACAUACCAACAGGAGCUACGGCAUCUCAAAUCUCAUACAGAACAGUUAACCAAUGAAAGAGACAAAUUAAAGUCUGAUGUAAAUGAUGCUCUAAACAGAAGUACGAUUCUUGUCAAAGAGGCAGAUGAAAGGCAUAUGAAAAUGGAGAAGGAAUCUGAAACUAAAAUAAAACUACUAGAGAAGAAAUACCAAGACCAGAUUAAGCAGCUGCAGUCAAAACUAGAAGAAGAAACUGAACAUUUAACCACCCAAGCAAGAAAACAGAAGCAAAAGUUGGAACAGGAAUUGAAUUCUAUGAAAGAAGAAGAAAUCAAAUAUAAAGACCAGAUAGCAGAACAGCAAAGGGAGAUUGAAAAACUAGAGAAGGAACUGGGAGAUGCCACUGAGAAAGUGAUGGAACUGCAAAAAGUUAACUUCAAACAACAACGAGAGCUAGAUUCAGUGGCAGAACUGCAAGAAAGGUUAGCAGAACUCGAGUCAAACAGAGACCUCAUGAAAGAUGAACACCAAAAAUUUACACAGCAAAAACUAAAGCAAGUGGAGACAGAGAACAAGGAACUAAGGGAUAAGAAUGAUGAGCUGACAAUGGAAGUCGAGACUCUUAAACAGCAGUUAUCCUCCAAGAAAAGAGGGAAGUCUAGAAAGUCCAGUGAACACAAUAAACCAGUGAGGAGUGGGUCGUUACUGUCAGACUACACCAAACCUGUGAUAGUCAAGAGAGCAGGAAGGUCUUCUUCAGAAAAUUCUGAUGAGGAUGACAGUAUGGCAGCUGGCAGACCCCGGCGACGUCUGCCAUCCAAACCAAAUACUCAGGAUAUGACAGGGUCUAAUGAGGAAGAUGACAAGCUACAAACGGAGAUAGACUCAUUAAAACAACAGCAAGAAAGAGAGGUCAAAGAACUACAAAACCAGUUAGAAAUUGAAAAGAAAGAAAUAGAACAAGCCUACAAAUUAGAGAUUACCAAAGUCGAGGAAGACUUUACCAAAGAAAAAGAGGACUUAUUAAAAGGAUUUACUUCAGAAAAGGAAAAGGCCAAGAAAGAGUUUACCAAGGAGAAGCUGCAACUUGCAGAAAAUCUGGAGAAACAGCUGGCAGAUAAAUUUGAAAAUGAAAGACAGGAGCUGGUCAUAAGAUAUGGAUCAGAGAAGAAUCUACUUGAGCAAAAGUUUGCAAAGGAGAAAAACAAGAUGACAGAAAGACUAAAGAAAGAGUUCCAAGAAGAUCUCCGUGCUAAGCUCCAUGAGCUCCAGGAGGAACAUGAAAGGGAUAAGCUAGUUCUGAGGGGUGAUUUGACCAAGGAUAGGGCAGAGUUUGAAGAGGCAAACAGACAGAAGAAGGAGUUGGAACUGAAAAUGAAGCUACAGAAAGAGGAGAUGGAGCUUGAAUUUGCCAGAGAGAAGCAAAAACUUAGAGAGAAUUUUUCACAGGAGAAAAGGGACAUUGAGGACCAACACAGAAUGGAGAUUUAUGAUUAUGAGAAUAUUUUUGUUUUAGGAACAGAUGGCCUGAAAGGUAAAAUCAAGGAUGAUUUCUAUGCUCUGUUGAAGAAGUGCACAGCGGAAGAAGUAGAAGAAGAGAGGGUGAAACUUUAUGAAGAUUAUGAUAAAGAGAAGGAGGGAAUGAAAGAAGCAUUUGAACAAGAGAAGGCUGCCAUUUGCCAAGCUUUCACAGCAGAAAGAGACGAACUUGAGCAGACAUUAAAGAAAGAAGUAACUGGAAUGAGAGAUCAAUUUCAAGUUGAAAGAGAUCGCCUGGAGAAACAAAUCAUACGCUACGAAGAGAAGCUGGAGAGCCUGAAAAGAGACCGAGAUGCAGUGGAAGACAAACUCAGAGAACAGAUAGAUGAACUGGAAAAGCAAGGGGGAAGAAACCCUUAUGAUGAUGAAGAGUUCAUGGAGGAAGUCAAGGAAAAACUAGAGGAGGAAUUUAUGGGUCAGCUGGAGAGAGUCCAGAAUGCAUUUGAUGCUGAGCGAGAUCAGUAUGAUCACAGGAUAAGUCUUCUGGAAGAACAGCUGGAGGAUAUGAGGAGACACAAGGAUGUGGACGAGGAGAACCUGCGUAAGGCAGAAGAACUGGAAGUCAGGCACAAGAAUCUGGAGAGAGCUAAAGCAAGGGCAGAACAACAGAUUGAGGACCUGAACCAAAGAGUAGAUCAACUCCUCUCAGAGAACAGUGAUAUCAGGCACACCCUGGAGGGGAGGAUAGAGAGAUUGGUGGCAGAAAAGGAGAGAUUAUCGCUGUCUGCCAAAGAGGACAGUUUGAGAGCAGCACAGCUAGCAAGCAGCCAGGAAAAGGCUGCACAAGAUGCACUGCACAGUGAGAAAACUGCACUGCAACACAAGGUCUCUGAACUGCAGGACCAGGUCAGAGACUUAAAUAUGAGGCUGGCCAGCCUGGUGGCAAUAAAGGCUGAGCACACUACACUGUUGGGAGAAAAGAACUCACUUGAGGAUAGGUGUCACCACUUGCAACAAGAGCUUGUGAGUCUCAGAAAUAAACUGACUUCCACUUCAGCAGCCCAGGCUAAGUGUGAGAUACUCUCCACUGAGAAACAGGCUUUAGAAAAUAGACUGAAGGAAUUGCAGCACCAAGUAACACUUGACCAGCUCAAAUCUAUGGAAACUGAUAAAAUUAAGGAAAGAAUGGAAAACUGGGAAAAUGAACGCAAUAUUUUGAAGGGACAGCUGCAACAAGCUAAUGAUCAGCUCCUGGAAGCCAACACUAGUCUCUCGAUUGCCGAAUCUCAGCACAUUCGGGAGAUCCAGGGUCUUAAAGAUCAGGCAGAGAAUAUGGUGAAUACUGCCAUGUACAAUGACCAGAAGUUACAGCUGGUGGGGGCGGAGAAGAAAAUCAGGGAGUUAGAACAGGCACUUGAGAUGAGAGUGACAGAGGGGAACAAGAUACUUCUAGACUCACAAGCAAGUCAUAAGCGUGCCUUGAGAGAGACAGAGGAGGAAAAGGAAAGCACAGCUAGGAAACUAAAACAAACAACAGCUCUCCUUGAAGAGCAAAUACUGAAAUAUAAAGAUCAGUGUGAGAAGACAGCCAGGGCAGGGAUGUUGGUAAAGGAUCUGUAUGUGGAAAAUGCACAGCUCAUGAAGGCAUUGCAAAUAACAGAGGAAAGACAAAAGAAUUCAGAAAAACAGUGUUAUAAAUGGGAAGAAAAAUAUGUAGCUCUUCAAAGGGUUGUAAAUAAAAUUGUUCCAGCAGCAUUAGGAUAGAUGUGUAGUGCAAUACACAAGAUAGUCAUAAAGUAGUGGUAUCUUUUAAAGAUUUUUUCAUUUCUAUUGAAAACAAUAUAUUUGGCUAUUAUAUCUACUGUUUUUAUAUUUGUAUCUUUAAUUCUUAAAUUUUGACUGAAGGCAAUAGUUAUCUAAUAAUUUAAAAGAGAAUGAAUUACAGAUAAAGUUUUAAAAUUAAAUCCUGGAAAGCAUUUGAAAGUUAAGUAAAACAUGUAGCAAUUUAUUAAUUUGUAGUAUUGUUAAUAAAAUCCUUCUGACACUAGCAAAAAUAGUUUUGUUACAGUUUUCAAUAACGCAAUUAAUA